CUGACUCUUAAAAAAUUUCUAAAACAAUUUCAAGUUGUCACUUUUAAAAGUACAAACAAACAAGCAAAAACGAAUUAAAACAGCCCUAAAUAUGAUAAGAUAUCGUGAAAAAAUUGAUUUUAAUUAUUUACGUUAAAUUAAGUUGCGAUGACAUGGGAAUUUGUGCAAGGCAUACAUUAAUAGCUACAUGUAUUUUACAAUUGAUUACAACAUUUGAACGCCAAAUAUUCGAUUUUCUUGGUUUUAUGUGGGCACCGAUUUUGAUUAAUUUUUUUCACAUAAUAUUUAUUAUUUUUGGAUUAUUUGGUGCCUUUCAACAUCAAUUUAAAUACGUUAUUAGCUAUUGUAUUUGGAAUGUGAAUGCUCUUGCUUGGAAUAUUUUUGUAAUCUGUUUUUAUUUAGACGUAGGAAUUUUGGAUAAGAAUAGCGAUACUUUAAAUUUGGGAACUGGAAGUGUAAGUUGGUGGGAAGCAAAUGGAUAUGGUUGUAAACCAUAUUAUUUACCAAAUAUUACAAAUGAAGAUAUUUAUAGACCAGUACGACCUGACUAUGUAACUGGAUGUUUAUUCGAUUAUACAACAGUUGAAAUAAUUCAUGCUGCAAUACAAGUUAGUUUAGGAGUCAUUGGCAUAAUAGCUGGUAUUUGUUGUGGCCGUGUAAUUUUAAGAAAUCGACAAGAAGGUCAAGCCGGUUCAAGCAUAUCAUCCAGAAAAUCACCAAAAAAAACAUCCCUUUAUUCUAUAGAAUUUAGUACUCAACGUGACGAUUCACGCGCAUGUGGUAAUGACAGUGAUACACUAGAUUCAGAUAUGAAUAUGCCAAUGGCAUAUCUACAAAAUACAAAACCAAUGACACCACGACGUGUAAAACGACGUAGUGUUAUGACACGCGGCCAUCCGCAUCAUGGUAACUCAUUACGUAAACAUUCACAUGGAGGUAGUACACGAUCUCAUAAUUCAUCCACAAGUGUACGAUCUUCACAGCGUCGACAAAAUCCUGUUACGCAAAUUCUGGAUCAACAGCUACGAAGUAAUACACUAACAUCAACAUGGCAGAGAAACGGAGGCCAUACAAAUCCUACAUAUCAACAAUCGUCAAUACAAUCGUUAAACGAACAGACAGAAUAUGAGUUGUAUAAUAAUAGACCUCCAUCAGCCAGAUCAAGUUAUUCAAAUUAUCAUGGUUCGAGAUAUAUUUCAUCUGGUCACACGUAUCAAAAUAAUCAAGCAACUCCUCAAGCUCCUAUUAAAAGGGAUCGCCAAAGACAAUCAUUGAGGUCUAUGGCCUUUUUGAAUAGUGGACCACCUGCGUACACUUUACAAGGAUCUAAUCAAUUAGAUUCUGAAACAACUAUCUAAUUUUUUUUUUGUAAUUCGAAUCUUUUUCAAGUUUAUUUGUUCACGUUUUAUCAAAAAAAUCAUAAAAUUUUUGUAAUUAAAUUAGGGGAGAGAUGUGUUUAGACAAGCAAAAGCUUACAUCUUUAAAUAAUUAAGAAUGUAUGAGCAUGGCAACAAUAAUUUAUUU